AUGGCUCUCGCUCUCCUCAUUCCGAUACUGGCCGGCGGCGCGGCGGCCCAAAUGACGCUGCCGCUCAUCAACUACGAUGAGGUUGUAAAUGCUCUCAACUCCAAUGACCCGGGAUACCAGAUCUGCACCGCCGCGGCUUCAUUUCUCUCGGGCUGUGUUGCUGAAGUUGGAGGAUCUGAGGCCCUGUCCACUGCGAAUCCGCUGUCGCUCGCAGCAUGUGCUUGCUGCAUUGGGACGACGGAUGUAGCUCCCGUCUACAGCACUUGCGCCGAUUAUCUCGGUUCCGAGGCACCUCAGCUUGGCUCUCAGAUCUCUGCCUACGACUAUCUCUAUACCGUGUGCGGAAGCUCUCCAGAGAUAUGUCGUGGUGCGAUUGGCACGAACCCGACCAAUUCACAGCCUCCAACGUCGUCUCCUACUCCCUCCCAAUCCUCAAGAAUUCAGUCCCCUUCGCCGUCGAGAUCAACUGCUUCGCCGGCCUCCUCGCCGAGCAGUAUUCCGCAAGAAACAGAAACGUCAGGUGCUUUCACAGCAGAGGGAUCGACAGCCGCACCGACCGGAGCUUCUGCAACUGGAGGCGCAUCCGGCACGUCUCCUGGAACACGAACUGGCACUGCGACUAGCCUUGUGACAACGCUCGCGUCUGCGUGUGUUCAGAUGGUGGACAUUUUCCAGGAGUGCACCAGGGCGACGCCUGGCUUUACGGAUAUGCCGUUUGGAGAGCAGGCUUAUUGUUACUGGUAUGUGCGUGUGUAUAGCUGCCGAACUGCCUUGGAUGGCCAAGUUACAUGGACCGAUGAAAUCGAGACAUAUGCUUCAACCUGUCGAAACUGGGGAGCCACAGCCGGCCCCGGUGAGCCCGUUACUGCCUACGACGUGGCCAAAACGUUUGCUACCUUUUGCCAUCACUUUAGCGAUGUUUGUUCUGUCUCGACCUCGGCGCUCUCGGAUAAUACCGCCACGAACGAUGACGCAGGUCCCACGACCACUGCAGGUGGUCAGGCCACCGUUACUGUGACUCAAGGGCCUGCUUCUACCACCAAUGCGGCUGCAACCGCUCGUGUAGGACUCGCUGCAGGUGUACUCGCAGUGGCUGGCUUUGCUCUGAUGGUAUAA